UAUAACCAGACGAUCAAAAUGGUUACUGCAGUGUCAGGUAGAGUUCCAGGUUUCGAACAUGGGCUCGACCUUCUUCCAGUUCCAGUACUUCAAAGGCGCUUUAAAGAUUGUUCUUAUCGGCGAUUCGAAGGUGGGAAAGACAAGUUUGCUUUCGCGAUCCCACGAGCUUUACGCAACUUUUUCUGAUGGCUGCAGCUUUCUCAAAAAGCCUUUUGUACACUCGGAAGUGUACUCUCCUACGGUAUUUGAAACUUAUACUACAAACGUGGACACCGAAUCCUUGGGGAACUAUCAGGCAAACAUUUGGGAUACGGGAGGAUGUGGAGUGUUCGACUCUGUCAGACCACUGGCUUACAUCGACUCUGAUGUAUUCAUGAUUUGUUUUGACAUCACAAAUCGUGAGUCGUUUGACAACUUAACCGAAGUUUGGCUGCCAGAGAUUCAAUUUUUUCAGCCGAACACACCAGUGCUUUUGGUUGGAAUGAAAUGCGACCUGCGAAGUAUUUCGAGCAACAGAGAAUCUGAUCACUUAGUAUCAGUUUCUGAAGCAGAAAGUGUUGCGCAUCAGAUGGGUUUUGCAUACUUUGAGACAAGUGCAAAGACUGGUGAGAAUGUGGCAUCAGCUUUUGAAAAUGCAGUGAAGAUUGGUCACACCAGUAAAAAGAAGUUGGGUGGCAGAAAACGAAUGAAAUCAGAGUUUGCUGAUUCAUACUUAAAAUCUCUCACAUCCAUCAGCUCCCCCCCAGAGUUAACAACAGAUCCCUCAACUUAUGUCAGUGACUUCAAGAAAAUUCUGGAAGAUGUUGCUAAUGCAGAUAUUCUCUUCAAAUUUGAAGAUGGGAGUCAAAGCAUUCAUGCCCACAAAAUUGUGUUUUGGUUUGGCAUAUCAGCUUUUAGAAGUGUUUUUUUUGAAAAAAAUUGGAAUUUUUGUGAAAAAUUUCAGGAUUGUUUUUUGGUUAAGGAAACUGAAUUUAAAGGAAGGACUUGUGUAGUUUUGAAGAAAUGGUUUUCCCGUGAUAUCUUUGUUCAAAUUUUAGAGUUUUUAUAUACUGGCAAGGUGAGGAUAUCAAAAGACAGUGAACAUGCAGAAGUAAAUGAACUUUUAAAUGCUGCAAAGAAGCUAGAAGUUGUUAAGUUGAUAGAUAUCUGUGAAAAGCUGCUUGAUGUUAAAGAUGCUGUGAAUCAUUCAAAGGAGAUGGCAGAAAUAUCCUUGCUGCCAAAGCACACUGUAGUGAAUGAUUUUUUUCUUGAUGACAACUUGGCUGUGUAUUCUGAUGUGACAUUUCUCAUAGAAGGAACAUUGGUAUUUGCUCAUAAGGCAGUGCUUGUUGCAAGAUCACCUGUUUUGGCUGCUCUUCUGAGUGAUAAGUUUGCAGAUGGUAAAAGUACCCAGGUAGCUUUGCCAGGAGUCAACUGCAGAAGCUUUUUAGCUGUGCUGGAAUACCUGUACACUGAUAACUGUACUUCCCUAGGGAAGAUUCCAGCAGAGGAUGUGCUUGUUCUUGCAGAUUUCUUUUGUCUAACCCACUUAGUGCAGAUUUGUGAAGUUCAAAUGUAUGGAGAAUUGUUGAAUAUGACAAAAAAAGAUUUGUUAGAUGUUCUAGCAUUUGCUAAGAUUUUUAAUGCCAAGCAGGUAACAGAGUGGUGUCUUUAUGUCAUUGGCUUAAAAUUCCUUAAAUUCCAAAGUAUCGAGAAAGAGCUUGAAUUGAUUGUUAGUGAACACAGUCAGUUCUUUGAAAAACAUUGCUGGCCACCUCAAGACCACAGAAAAGUUCUCAAGAAAUACAGGCAAAGAGUUAAAUGGAAUAAAUGUGACAAAAGACAACUCAGUCAGAGGGCAAGUUCCUGUUUACCACUGAAUUGUCAUGUGAUGUAGGAUGUCAAAGAAAAUUGGCCAGGCAUUGUUGUUUGCUGAACCUGUAACCUGUUUCAUUGAUUACACCUAGUGAUAAACAAUUAGCAAGCUUCAUAUUUAUGCCCCCUGUUUGAAUAUCAUUGUAAAGUUUGAUGCAGUUUGAUUGGGUUUGUAAUGAUGCAAGUGAUUAGCUAAAUAUGACAAGCUUGAAUCCAUAGUAUGAUUUGUUCAUCACACAUUGCAUUACUGGUGUGCUAAAAUGUUAUUUCUUAUUGUAACCAGCCUUAUACUGUAUUUGUUAUAUUUUGAACAUUUUUGUCUGUUAUAAUAUGAUUAGUUUUACAGUUUAUUGAUAGCAAUGUAGUUUUUGUUAACCAUUUAGAGUGAAUAAUUAUGUUUUUCAGCCAAAGGGCUGCUAUAUGAUGUUGAUAAACUAUAUGACUUUGUAUUUAAACUGCAUCGUGGGACUUGUCAUUGUUUACGUUGAGACAGAUUUAUCAAAACAAAUCACCUCCAAACCAUGUGUGAUAAUUUUUACUAUCAUAGUGUUAAGGUGGAGACACUCCGUAAAUACACUAGGAAAUUCCCCACUUUUAAUUUAACACACAGACGUCCCAUGCCAAACAAUGUUAUUGUUAUCCAAGAGCCACUGAAGGGAAAGAAAUAGCCAUUCUCUAAUAAACCAGCAACUGAUCUUUUUUUCGCAAACUUUUAUAUUCUUAGUGUCCCUUUUUCUGUUUCUGAA